AUGGCACUCAGCGCAAGCGCACUCGCUGCACGCGCGGCUCAGGGUGUCCGUAUUGGAGGCGAUCGUCAUGGUCUAGAUGCAGACUCAGUCUUGCACUACUCGAGCAGCAUGGGAUCCGAGCCAGUCGCGACUUCAUCAAGGCUGGUUUCGCUGCUCACGCUCGCCGUCGUCUACACGCUGGCAGCUGCUCCCGUCAUGUACGACAACUCGUCGCUGUACGAUCCGUACUGGGCACUCGCUCCCAUCCCCGCAGCCUUCUGGUUUGCAUUUGGUAACCACGCCUUUUGGCAAAGCGAGCGCCGAGGGCCAACCUUCCGAAGCGGGGGCUUUGGUGCCUUUGACCCAACUCUGGCAGCCCACCCAAUCGACCACCUCAACCCUCCACUUGCCGCUGGCGGUCCGUCCCAACUCCGGCAACUCGUCUUGCUCGCAGUGCUCAUCGUCUGGUCGGUUCGGUUUGUCUUUUGCAGCCUUCGCCGCUGGCAAGGACUGCACCACGAGGACUGGCGGUAUGCGGAUUUGCGAGACACCUUCCCAGCAGGCUUGUACUGGGCCGUGUCGGCGCUCGCCGUCCACCUCAUGCCUUCGAUUGCCGUGUUUGUGGGAUGUCUGCCCCUCUAUCCAGCGCUUGUGGCAGGCGCGUCCGAGUUCAACCUGCUCGACGUAAUUGCCGCCGCCCUCUGUCUGGCCGCUGUCAUGUUUGAGGCGCGCGCAGAUUCCCAGUUGCAACGCUUCCGCCGCAAGGGCAAGGGACGGCCAGGGGAGGUCCUUGCCACAGGCUUGUGGGAGUACUCGCGCCAUCCAACGUAUUUCGGGCGUGUGUUGUUUUGGUGGGGUUUGUGGCUAUUUGGCGUUGCUGCGUCCUUUGGGCGUCCGUUCCCAAGCUACACGCUGCUCGGCCCCCCUCGCAGUCACACUGCUGUACAACGUGUGUAG